AUGUCUAGUUUUCAGCAAAGUUAUUUGGCUAAGUGGGAACAAAUUCCGGAGUUUUCUUCGUGGCUUUCACGUUAUAAAGAUGACGAGUACGCCACCUUUUGCAAAGCAUGCAGUGCGAAACUCCAAAGUAGAUUAGCAUCUAUAAAACAACAUGCAAAUAGUGAAAAGCAUAAAUCGAACUUUAAAAAAUAUAAAGGACAGUCAAAGGUUGAUAAAUUUUUUAGAAAGGUACCACUGAAAGACGAAGUCAAGAAAGCUGAACUCCGACCCGAAUUUGAAAAAGAUAUGAUUGUAGACAUACUUCGUACUGCAUCUCCGUCAGGUAAACCAGUUUAUUCAAUUGUAAUUGACGAAAGUACAGAUGUUGCCACAGUCAAAGUAUUGGCGAUAGUAAUCAAAUACUUCUCUGAAACCGAACGUACAGUAAAAACCAAAUUCCUUGAUUUAGUUGAUUUAAGUGGUGAGACCGCAGAUCAUUUAUUUAAUGCUUUGUCAUCAAAGUUAUCCGAAUUAGGUUUAGAUAUAAAAGAUGUGUUGGGAUUCGCUGCUGAUACUACGAAUGUGAUGUUUGGUCAACAUUCUGGCAUUGUUGCAAAAAUUAAAGAAGUGAACCCAAAGUGCUUUUUCAUAAAAUGUGUUUGUCACUCUGCAGCAUUAAGUGUUAGCCAUGCUUGCAAAAUACUGCCUAGAAAUUUAGAACAGAUGAUAAAAGAAGUAUAUGGAUAUUUUUCUCAAAGCAGCAAGCGUCAAAGAGAAUUUGCUGAGUUCCAAAAUUUCACUGACACUGAAAACCAUAGACUAUUACGUCAUUAUGAUAUAAGGUGGCUAUCGCCUCAUGCUUGUGUUAGUAGAAUAAUUGAGCAAUGGAGGGCACUGCCGUUGUUCUUUCUUGAAUUGAUAAAGACCAAUACUUGA